UGCAUGGGUUGAGCAAUACAGUGCGGCGCGUUUGAGCUGCCUGCCUGACAGAAUCCAUCACAGAAACAAACCGCCCCCUCCCACUCCGAGUGCCCCCGCUUCAGAUGCAACUCAAAAUACAUAAAGCCUCCAUGUUGCACGGGGAAUGUAGGGCCAGCAGAUAUGAACUGUUUGCCUAGAGGUGUUAGCGAACUUUAACGUUGAACAACUUGCAUUUGGUACAUGUUUUUGGACAAGAGCAUUUCUCCGACCGUCUUCCUAGUGUUUUCAACGUUGUUUCGGGCACGGCCUCGCAUUCUGGAUGAUCGGAGCUUCGCAGCUAACUCGCUAACCCAGGCUACUUGCUAACUUCAGCUAGUUAGCAAUUCAGCGUCGGUUGUUUUUGUUUUUUUUAGCCACACAUGCUGUCGGUGCUGCCUGCAAAAUAUUUGUUUGCAGUGAUGAUAUUUUGCGGAGAGCCAUAAAUGACAGCCAUUCACUGGCUUUCAUUCACCACCGUGCUAGCUGGCUGGCUACCCCCGCUGCCCCAAGACUUCGCCACGGACGGUUGCCUGGCUUUGUGGGCUAGCUGGUCACCCUCAUCUUAAACAGCUAGCUAAUAGGAGCUAGCAAACGAAGCAAGCGCGCUAGUACGAAUAACGUUGUGGGAAACAAAACAGGAACAACCACUCGUCUAAAUGGACCACAUGUCCAUAAUAACCCAAGUUUCCAACCCGAAGGAGGAGGAAAUAAUAUCCUUUAACCAAGAAAAAGCGUCCCAGUCGAACAACAGCCUAAAGAAGCAGAGGAGCCGGAGCAUCUUCAGCACAUUCUUCUGCUGCUUCCGCAACUAUAAUGUGGAGCCACCAGCCACCAACACCAACACCAGCUCGCUGCCUCCACCUGUUGAAGAGAAUGGAUCGCCUCCCAAGUGUGACCAGGUCGAGGUCAUCCCUGUCCCUAGUCCACCAGCCAAAUACCUCCUACCAGAGAUGAAAAUAUCUGACUAUGGCAAAAAGUGUGUUGUGAUUGACUUGGAUGAAACGCUCGUCCACAGCUCAUUCAAGCCCAUCAGCAAUGCAGAUUUUAUUGUUCCAGUGGAGAUCGAUGGUACUGUUCAUCAGGUGUAUGUGCUGAAACGACCCCACGUGGAUGAGUUUCUUCAAAAGAUGGGAGAACUGUUUGAAUGUGUGCUGUUUACAGCCAGUCUUGCCAAGUAUGCAGACCCUGUGGCAGACCUGCUGGACCAGUGGGGUGUGUUUCGAGCGCGACUCUUCCGAGAAUCCUGCGUUUUUCACAGAGGAAACUACGUCAAAGACCUUAGCCGGCUCGGACGCGAACUCAGCAAUGUCAUCAUUGUUGACAAUUCACCCGCCUCCUACAUUUUCCACCCAGAAAAUGCUGUCCCAGUUCAGUCCUGGUUUGACGACAUGAAUGACACAGAGCUCCUGGACCUGCUGCCUUUCUUUGAGGGACUCAGCAAAGAAGAAGAGGUUUACGGAGUCCUGCAGAAUCUGAGAAGCAGGUAGCAGGACACACCACAGCGCCGCCUGUGUGAUCUCCAUCCUCCUCUCUGUCGAUCUCUGCCCCUUUCUACAACCACAUCUAUCAGACUCAGGCAGAUCCUCCCACACGCGCCCCUCUUGUCUCUGCCCCAAGGGGACGCCUUGGAGUCUCACUGUGGAAACCUUAAUCCUGUCUCUGCUCUCAUCUCCUGGUGACUGGCUGCCUUCUGUGUGCCAUCAGAAAAAAACACAAACACUUAACAUCCCAGGAGCACUGUGUCUCACAAAAACAACACCAGAAAGUGUACAGAGUGUUUAAGUUGGUAAUAUGGGGGACAAAAUGCUAAGAGGAAUGAACUCUGGUCUUUAUUUUCAAACCAACAAAGUUUUACUAUUCGGUGAAGUGCUUAUUUUAAAACCAAAAAAGAAAAAAAAAAAACAUCUUUUUGUCUGAAACUUCUUUUGUGGUACCACACAAAAGUCUGAAAAGAUUUUGUCCUCGUAUUGUUGCUAUGCAGGCAGUUUCUGGUAGUAGAAAGGACUGUGAUUCUCUUUUCUUACUGAAUGAAGUGCCUUGUGUGAAUGUUGUUUAUAUGGGGAGAUAUUUUGUACAUGGCAUAUUUCCAGAGUACUUCAGUCUUUUCACACACAAUAUGCUUUAAAGUGGACACAGAAGUAUCUUUAUACAAAAGUUUUACUUUAGUUUUUUUGAUCAUCAAACGCUGGGUAAAUGUCUCCAUAUUAUUCUCUUUUUUUCCCAGUAUGCUUGUGCCAUUAUAUAGAUGUGACCUUGUUUCUUUCUGCUUUCAAUAUAUGUAGAAAUAGUUAACUUGUUUUAGGCAAAGGAGUACGUUUGCAAUUUGCGUUUGAUAGUUUUGAUCUGAAAGCUCAGAUAAAAUUGUGCCAUUUGUUUUUCUGUUUCUCACAUUACUCCCCUUUAUCCCAUUUUAUUAUUUGCCAAAUAAGGAAAUUAAGUUUUAACAGGCUUCAUAUCUUAAACAGAGGUCAACUGUAACUGUUAAACCAUUAAGUACUAAGCAUAGCAUUAUAGGUUUUAUUCUUUUGACAGAUAGAUGUCAAAUUCAUUUGUAUAUUUUUAAUGUUAUGAGGUCCUUGUUUGUCAUGUCAUGCUUAUCAGAUGGCUAACUUGUAGCCCACUUUUUAUUAUUAUUAUUUUUCGGUUGUUUUUUUUGGCGCACUCUUUAGUGGUGCAGCUUCACCCUUAGGGGAUGAUCUUUCUCCACAAUUGUACACAGUUGGCAAAGGAAUCCCUUUUGUUGUUUCAGAUGGUCUUGGAUCUCACAGUAAAUGGGUCGAGUGCCAUGUUUUUAUUUUUUCAUGAGGGUAGUGUCUUUAGAGAAUAUAGGAUAGUGUCAGGUUGAGUCUGGACAGUGUUGAAAUCACACCAUUCUCUCCUGAUUUACAUGUGGUGAAGGUCCUGGUGUACCACCAGUGGAGACAAUGUGUGGCGUUUACCUUCCCAGACUCAUUUUAACUGCUCUUCACCUCAGUGCCUAACUUUGAGAGGAGCCGCGCAAACCGAAUGCUGCAACAUUAGCUACCAUGGCAAUAAACCUUUUUUGGGGGGAGUUUCCAUCCCAAGUGUUUGGUUUGGGUGUCUAGAGCACUGGAAAAGGCUAGCUGUGAUAGGUGUAACAGUAAAGCUGGCUUGGUCAUCACAAUGAUUUUCAGUGUUCACAAAUUAACCUUCAAACAUUAAUUUUUCACAUUAUUUGAUCCAAAAGCAUAAUUUAGUCCUUUAAUCAUUUUAGAAUAAAAGGUCAAUUAUUCAACAUCUAAAUGAUUUUUUUUUUUUUUUUUUUUUUCAAAAAUGUAAGUACUGAUACGACUUGAAUGUUGCUUGGUCUAUCUCAGCAACAGCAGCCAAACGACCUUGUAUCGUUAACUACAUUGCCAUACUUAUCAGCUUUUGUUUUGGAAGAAAGUAAAAAAAGGACGCCUUCCAAACCUACAGAUGGGUGCUCAGUCCUGGCCCAUCCAGAUAGCCCUCCACAUGUUAGGGGCCAGCUUGAAACGAGACCACUGCGCCACUGCAAAAGGACUGUGAAGAACCUCAUCAUGGCAUUGAUGCCUUACUGCCUGUGGAGGCACAAAGCAAUGUUUCUUCAUUAAUUCCAAGGUUACAUCUACAGCGUCGUCUCGUUAGUAUUUUCUUAUGGAGUGUGGCUUGGCCAUAUAUGUGGACCAUAUGUGGUUCAUACAUUGUGAAACAAUAAAAUGAAGCAAUGAAGCUUGAAAAAGCUCUUGUCGUGCCAUCUAGGGAUUGUAAGCCCCAACACACCUCAUUUGCUUUAUUGCUUGGUUUAUGGGUCAUGAUGUUGUAGUAAAAAGACCUACACUACUUCAUAAUUUCCACCAUUUUUUGUCUUUUCCAGUUGAAUGGCUGCUGCUCCUUCAGGCGUAUUAAAACAUUUCAUUUCUUUUGCAUAAGCAUUUGUGUUGGUGAUGAGUGCUCUGCUCAUGAUGAUGGUUUCAGUGCAAUGUCCUUUUCUAAGAAGUGUUUGGUCCACUCUUCUCAACCUCUCAAUGAUUACCUUUCUCUGAAAAUGUUGUUUGUAUCAUUGUGAUAUUUUUCUACCUACCUUUUGUCAGUAUUUGGUUUGAAAAGUUGCAUAUUACCCACUGUAUACUUUCUUUCAGAUCUGUAGUGUCCCUCUCUCUUGCCUUUGGUAAGAACUCUCAGUCAGGUCUUGUCUUUCCUAUCAGGGGACAUGUGUGUGAGUAUGUGUUGUGUGUGUGUGUGUGUGUGUGUGUCCUUGAUUUUUCUUUGUGUAUCACCUCACUCAUAAUCACACAUUCAUUAUUUUGUAUUGAUUUAACACCAAAGUUCUACAACACUUGAGUUCAAGUCACAGCUUUUUUUUUUUUAAUUUUGGAUCAGGUUCUUCACUUUUUGUUCAUGUUGGCUUACUUUGAGUGUUGGCAGCGUGUUGUCAUCCUGAGCAUCAGUUUUUUUUCUUUCUGUCUUUCCAUAAUAAAAGGCUUCAUUGAAACAA